GGCGUUGUGAACGAGAGCCGGGUCAGGGCCCCUUGCUUUUCUCACCAUUCCCGGCUCACCUCCAUAACUGCCUUCUCCAUCUUUCUAAAUGCCGGACGUCGUUACACGUGGAAACGUGCCAGCCUCAGCCUUUAAAGUAAUCCUCUGCAGGGCGUGGCUGGCGCCCGCGACCAGAGCGGUCGGGAGAGUCGCCCUUUGCUGCAAGUGGCCCUCGUGGGGUGCCUGAAGAGAGCGAGGACGCGUGUGAAGGCCAGACAGCCUAGGGAGGAGGUGCCUUCACGGGGUCACCCGUACCGGCGGCACACACAGUUUUGCUUUGCUUUUUCUUUUGUUUAUACUGAGUGGUUUUUUACAUGAAAUGCUAUUUUGGUUAAAAGAAGAAAUGGGCCCCCAGGAGCUCACCCGGCGACUGGCCACGGUGAUCACGCAUGUCGAUGAAAUUAUGCAGCAGGAGAUCAGGCCCUUGGUGGCAGUGGAUAUAAUGGAACAGCUCCACAGACAAUUUGCCAUUCUUUCAGGAGGCCAAGGGAAAGAUGGUGCUCCCAUCAUCACUUUUCCAGAGUUUGCGGGGUUCAAACACAUCUCAGAUGAGGACUUCCUGAAUGUCAUGACCUACCUGACUAGCAUCCCCAGCACAGAAGCCGCCAGCAUUGGAUUCGUCAUUGUGAUUGACAGGCGAAGGGACAAGUGGAGCACCAUCAAGGCAUCCUUGACACGAAUAGCUGUGGCAUUUCCAGGAAACUUGCAGCUCAUAUUCAUCCUUCGUCCAUCUCGCUUUAUCCAGAGGACCUUCACUGACAUUGGCAUUAAAUACUAUAGAGAUGAAUUUAAAAUGAAAGUGCCGAUCAUCCUGCUGAAUUCUGCCUCUGAUCUUCACAGCUACAUUGAUAAAAACCAGCUCACCCCGGAGCUAGGGGGAACUCUGGAAUAUCGCCAUAGUCAGUGGAUAAAUCAUCGAACUGCCGUUGAAAACUUUGCCUUAACAGUAAAGACCACUGCCCAGAUGCUCCAGAUGUUUGGGGCCUGCCUUGCCGAAACAGAGCUGCCCAGAGGUGUGCAGUCCACUGAAGACCUUCUCAUGGCCCACACAAGGCAGCAGGACAAGCUGAAGGAUGAGCUGAAGUUACUUAGAAAACAAGGCGCCACAUUGCUAUCGUGUAUCCAAAAACCAGCAACCAAAAAUCCCUUCAGCAAAUUCAAUCCCAAUGAACUUGACAACAUAGCUACUACGGGAAGGUUAUUAGUUCAGUUGGACGAAGCAGAAAAAGCGUUUAGUCAGUUUUGGUCUGAGCAUCACCUGAAGCUUAGCCAGUGCCUCCAGCUACAGCGCUUUGAGGACACUUUUUGUGAGGUUAAACUUGCCCUGGAUUAUCUGUUGGAAGAGCAAGCAGAGUUUACAGACAUUGGAGACAGUGUGAUGCGUGUGGAACAACUUCUUAAGGAACAUAAAAAACUGGAGGAAAAAGGACAGGAGCCCUUGGAAAAGGCCCAGCUGCUUGCACUAAUUGGGGACCAGCUCAUCCAAAGCCAUCACUACGCAGUGGAUGCCAUCAGGCCCAAGUGUGUGGAGCUCAGGCACCUCUGCGAUGAUGUCAUCAAUGAAAACAAGAAAAAAAAUGACAUCUUAAGGAAGUCUUUGGAGUUGCAUAGACAGCUGGACAAGGUCAGCCAGUGGUGUGAAGUGGGAAUCUACCUCUUGGCUUCUCAAGCCGUAGACAAGUGCCAGUCACGAGAGGGGGUUGACGGUGCCUUGAACGACAUCGAGACAUUCUUGGCCACAGCUAAGGAGUACCAGCUGCCCAGCCCCAAGGAGUUUUACAACCAGUUUGAGUUGAUACUCACCCAUGACAUAAAGACUAAUGCCCAGAAAGUCCUGCAGAAGCUGGCUGAUGUGAGGCAAAUAUUUGACAAAAGGCAAGUGAGCCUGAAGAAACUGGCAGCUAAACAGACUCGCCCAGUGCAACCUGUGGCCCCCCAUCCUGAGUCCUCCCCAAAAUGGGUGUCACCAAAAACCUGCCAAAUCUCUGCCUUGGCUCCUCCUCAGAAAAUAUCUGAGGAAUCUCAUAUGGAGACAGAUUUGAACUCCCUGGGAAAGGAAGCUGACAAGACUAAAUCUGAAGUUAGGAAUGAAGAAAUAGUUGAAAGUAGUCAAGAUAUGGAGAACCCUGAACUGGAGCAGCUUGACAGCCUUGAAAAUCUUUCCCCCAGCAGGUAAGAUGGCAGAAUCCAUUUGUAGGAGUCAUUUUUAUCCCCUUGGGUCGGGGGAAGGAGGGCAAGGAGGAGACGAUCAUGUUUUAUAUCGCAUCACUUUCCCAGGUAGAAUCAUAGUAUUCUAAGUGCUAACCUUCAUUUGCAUCAGUUAAAAAGCAACAAGCCAAAGGGCUAAAAAUGAUCAUCUUAUAAACCAAGUUUCCAAGGAUACCUGUUGCUGAUUCUGACUCAGAGUGCCCCUUAUAGGGCAGAGUAAACUGCCCCGUAGAGUUUCCAGGGCUGUCAUCUCUACAGAAGCAGACUGCCACAUCUUUCUCCCAAGGAGCAGCUGGUGGCUUCAAACUGCUGACCUUCUGGUUAGCAGCCAAGCACUUAAACCACUGCACCACCAGGGCUCCCUUUCUGAGGAUACCUAGUAUUUAAAAAAAAAAAAUUAUUAAGUAGUACAGGCAAGUUAAUUUUAAUAUUGAUUGAAUUAUUGGUUUUAGAGCAUUUAAAGGCUGUUGGUCCCCAAAAGCCACAAUUUAUACAAAUGUAAGACUAAUUUUGGUCUACACAAAGGUGUUUCCAUCCACAUAAAUGCUAUGCAGUUCAGAAAGUCUGAAUUAAGAAGGUAAAGACCAAAAGCAUAAGGAGAUUUUAAUUUUUUUUAAUGUUCUUUAUACUAAAACCUCUGUGAUUACUGCUAUUCUGGCAUAGUCCCGUUGUUUUUGGCCACACCAUUUGACAUGUGAGCCGCAUUUAACCCCAGAUUCUGUCAUGCUUGGCUUUUAGCAGGCUCUCAAAAACAAAAACACCUGUAGAGUGAAUGAACAAAUGUCUUUAGGAACUUGCCCCUUGAUUAAAAGCCAGUAUUAGUUUGAUUAGACUACGUUGUAUUCUUCCACUUUAAGGUUUACUUGAGCAAGCGUACGUGGGGCUCCUGCAGAUUGAAGUGUAUCCUUGAGUUACAGUAAACGGCCCAGUACUGCAUUUCUGAAAGUGAGAGUGUGCAUAGUAGGGCUGUCCCUGUGAAAACCCCUCAGCGUUGUGUUCCGUUGUUCUCCUUAAGGGACAGUAUCUUUUGGGGUGUUUCUGUUCCUAAAACCCAUGCCUACUUUUAUCAUUUUAAACCCUAGUUAAAUGGGUCCUUCCUUUAAGGUCAUUGAUGAAUUGUUGUAUUAAUUUACAGGGAACCAUUAAAUCAUACUUUUAAGGAGGCAUACAAAGAAAAAAAGUCAUGGCAUUUAACUAAUUAAACAAAAAUAUCUUUAUGAUUCUUGGAAAAGAACUUUAAGAAACAGUGAAACUAGCAAGGGGAUUAAACAGGAGAUAACCAUUGCCGUCGAGUUGAUUCUGACUCAUAGCAACCCUAUAGGACAGAGUAGAACUGCCUCAUAGGGUUUCCAGGGAGCGCCUGGUGGCUUUGAACUGCUGACCUUCUGGACUGCAGCACCAGGGCCCCAAUGAUUUUGCUCUAUCACCAGCUUUCAGUAGAUACCUGAAGACCACCAGUCUUUGCUGUCAUAGUUUGAUCUGUAUUUCCUUAAUCACUAUAUUUGAAAAAAAUACAGUAGUCUCCCCUUAUCUGCAGGGGAUACAUUCCAAGACCCCCAUGGAUACCUAAACUGCAGAUAGUACUGAACCCUAUAUACUAUGUUUAUAUAAAAACAUAGUAAAAACAUAAAAAACACAGUAAAAGAUUAACAAUAAGUGACCAUAAAAUAGAAGCACUUUAUGACUUCUCUUUUGUGUAUCUGAAUUGCCAGCAUCACCACUCUUGCACUUUGAGGUGGUUGUAAGUAAAAUAAGGGUUACUUGACCACAAGCCCUGCGGACCGAAGUUGACUGAGGGUAACUAAAAACCAUGGUAAGCAGAACCAAGGGUAAGGGGAGACUACUGUAAUGAUUCUGAGUACUGUGUAAUAGCACUGUGCAAAGUCCCUACCUUCAGAGCCUACAUACCCAUGAGGGAAAGACACAUGAAACAAUUAGCAGGUAAUACAGUGUACAUGUGAUUAAGUGUCUAUGGUAGAGGAGGGCAGGUGGGUGUACUCGGUGAUGGAACAGGGUCAGGGAUCGAUUUCCAAGAUUUUAAUAGGUCCUUCCUGCACAGUUAGGAGAGAACUUGCCCCCACUCAGACAUUCCAGUGUAAGUCAUUUCACAAACAAAAGGUGUUUUAAGUGGCUCCCCCAUGCAGAGGAUACAGGAACCCUACAUCCUGGGCACAGCAACAAGUCUGAACAGGAAUAGGACUAAGAUCAUGGAGUACACACCUCCCUAACGUUAUGCAGGACAAGCCAAUUAUAUAAACAACUGGUGUUCACACACGAGUUUAAAAUACACAUCUGCUGACAGUUUUUAAGUUGUUUAUUGGAAAUCAUAGUUUUUUUUUUUAAAUCCCACCAAUUAUUUUGCCAUACAAGAGCAAAGUUCAAAUAUAAAUAUUUAACAUUUUUUAUAUAAAAUUAGUAAUAUGGAAAAAAAAUGCAAACCAACCAAGAGGUAAAAAGUGUUUAGCAAUAACACUGUGUACUUCCGUCUUCUAUCCAAGUGACCAUCCAGGCUGGAAGCUUUUUGUUUUCUUUUUUCCCCCUUUCUUGACAUAUUUAAAAAGACAACCCUGUAUUGGAGCACCAAAAAGUUUUUUUUUUUUUUUCUCUUCCAUUCCUUUUUAAAAAGUUGGAGAUCUUUUAUUUACAAUACUCUUCUCAGUAUUUUAAGUCUGAUUAAGGAAGCAUCUAGCAACUUCCUCUUAUUAAAAUAAGGAAGUGUCUUCAUAUUUCCUUCAAAUUUAAACCCAUUGCAUUCUAUUCUAAGCAAAAAUAAAAAGUGAACACAGUUCAGGAGAACUCUUUCAGCAAAUAAAUAAUUGUUUCACAAAAGUACUGCUGUAAACAAGAUCAUUUCCACAGCUAGAUGACAUGAUGUUUUCAACCAAUGGCAAAUUUAAAAAGUUAACAAAUGUCGAUACACAGGGUAUACGUGGCCAAAAGAUAAAUGCCUCUUUAAGAAUCAACCAAUAAAAAUUAAUUUUAAAUUGUCUUGUCAAAAUAUGCUUCGGUUCUCUACAGUUUUAAAAAUGAGUCAGAAAAAUUAAACUGUAAUGAUCCAAAAUCCCUGAACCACAACCUAGAAUGUUUGACACCAUCAUUUUCACAUUGGUUAAACAAUACUAAGUUAUCUGAGCAAUGUAAACAAGCCUCAAUUUCCAAAAUAGAAAAUAAAUUAACAAAAAAUUUCUGUAAACAUUAAAAAGCUGCCUGCUAGAUUAUAGCUAUGAUCCAGUUGCGUAUACUGAGAAUCCUUCCGUUUUGUGUGCUUUGGACAUCAUCUUAUGAAAGAGGGAUCCUAGCUUUUCUCAAUGAGUUUCUCUGCAGCCAAAGAUUUUACAAUCAGUUCACCCACUUUUGCUGCUGUCACUAUUUUGGCCUUUAUCUAACCCUCCUAACAAUAGCCAUCACCUAGUUCUUUCUAUGGUGAGGGGAGGUUGGUUGUAUCACAGCCACAUUUUUAAUCCUGCCCUAAAGGAGCCCUGGUGGCGCAGUGGUUAAGAGCUAUAGCUGCUAACCAAAAGGUUGGCAGCUAGAAUCUACCAGCCGCUCCUUGGAAACCCUAUGGGGCAGUUCUACUCUCUCCUAUACGGUCGCUAUGAGUUGGAAUUGAUUCAAUGGCAAUGGGCUUGAUUUGGUGUUUACAAAAUAAAUGCGACUUAAUGUUAGAGCCACAUCUCUUUGAGUACAAGAAAUAUGCCGCUUUACAAAUGCGUUAGCCUCAUCCUGCUGACUUUUCUAUCACUUUCAUUCCGCUUUCUAGUUGGAAGUAUUUAAAAGAUGAAGAUCAUCUAUAAUGGCUAUUUUGAGGAAAGAAUAGAUUUUGUAAAGAUACUUCUGCUUUGAAUUGAUGUUUAAUGCUCUCAAUUAAAAAACCUGAACUUAGCACAAAGUACAAGCUAUGGUUUAUGACAUCUUGUCAGGGAGGGGUGGGCUGAUUUUAGUAAUAAUUUCAAUGAUUUAGACACAAAGAAUUAUAUUUUAUAGAUUAUGUAGAGAGGGAGGCUUUUAAUAUUCUGUCUUCCCUUUUGAAGCUUUCUCCGUUAUUCUUCUCUGCACACUGCAUUUAAAUAAUUACCCUAAGUACAGACCACUUUUGUAUAUUUAAAAACCGGUUGAAAAUGCAUUAAAUUAAAAUCAGCUUAUUUGAAUUAACAACGAUUCCUCCCUAGGGAAGGAAGUUAUGGGUAACAAACUGCCUGUGUUCUGUGUCAUUUUCUAAUAUUCAAAAAAAGCCACAUAAAGAACCAGUUAGGGUAGAAUUAAUGACUUUUCUCAUAUUUCACAUUUGCUUUGAAAAAAACACAUAAACAUAUUUUCAAUGAGUCCAACACUGUUAGGGUACAGUAGCUACAUGGAUGUGACAAUAUGUGAUUUGGAUGUUUGUCACAAAAUGUGUAUACUUUUCUAAACCACCUCUCAACGACAAGAGGUUUUCUUUUACCAGAUUCACAUACUUUCUCCUGUGCCAACACUCCCUCCCCCUGCCACCUCUGCCAAGUGCUCUUUAAUAAAAGUAAACCUGUAUACCUGGUCCAACAAUAUAUUCAUUUCUUUGAAAUGCUAUACUGUACAUUCACCUCUUAUUUUCCAGAAGCAGUUGGUCUACCACCACACUUACAUAUACACUGGCAUUAAGUGAGAACUUGAGUUUCCCUUUGUUUUUUGUUUUCAUUAAAAAUAUAAACCUUUUCUGAACACAAAACCCUUUGAAAUGAAUUUAGGCAAUGAAGUUGGUAAGUUAUAUUAAACAGCUUCCAGACGCAAAGAAAUGUUCUGAUAGACUAGGCUUUCAAAAUAUUUCUCUGUCUCCUGUAUUCACUUUGCUUCGGGUAUAGACACACACUGAAAAGUUUUUCAUCCAGGUUUGGCUCAGUGACAGUGAAAACAGACAACAUUCAAGUACUACUAGACAAACGCAGCCCUACAAGGGUAAGUGUCGACAUAGGUCAGUCUGCAGAGGAGAGCUAUCUUAAUUAACCUACAGUAUAUUUGACCAAAAAAACCUUUUGAAAUCGUUUUUACUUCAGGAUCUGUGGCGUCCUCCCAGAGCUUCUGAAGGUCUUGCACAUGUCCAUGGGAUGUCAUCAUUUUAUCAUAGAUGCAUGGAUGAUAGGGAGUUUUACCUUCCCCAGAAAAGAACACGUGGUAUUGUGGUACUAUCCCCAUUUUAUUAGCACAGAGGCCCAUAAACACGUCGUCUAUGUAAAGACUAGAGUUAAGCGUCUGUGAUGCCUCGUAGACUUUGGCAGCUACAUCACUGGAGAUCACGUAGGCAGCGCCAGCAGUGUAGUCAGGGUAAGCUGGCCACUGGUACAUUUCGUAAGAGACAUAGUACUUGCUCUUUUUGUCUCGAAUGGGAGGGGCGCCACGAUGAACCCGACCAAUCCAAAAAUCUUGAAUGCCAAUUUGUUCCAAACUUUGAAGGUACUCGACAAGAUUUGGCAUGUGAAUAAAUAUGUCGUCAUCAGCAGUCAUAAGGAAUUUGGCGUGUGGACAAAAUGUAUUUGCCCAACUGAACUGAAGAAGUAAUUUAAGAGUAAGAUUGUAGAAAGAAUCAGCAAAGUCUUGCUGAAUUAUAUCGCCAUACAUUUCAUCUUCCCAAGCUAGUUGUCUCUGUAAUUCUUCCCUCUUCAGUGGAUUGGAAGGAGUACCUAAAGCAAACAGAGUUUUGAUGUUAGCAUUAAGCUGAGACCGAACGUACUCCUCAUUGCCCCACGUCUUUCUAAUCGCAGAACGCCGUUCGUAGUUUUCAGGAGCAGUCUUUACAAACAGUAAAAGGAGGAUGUCUUGUGCUUGACACUUCUCCUUGUGGUUAAUCAAGUACUGGAAGCUAGGCAUGUCCUCCGAGUUGCGCUUCACAGACAA